AAGAGGGUUCGAAUGGCGACAGCAAAAAAAAUAACAGAAGGGAAUAAAGUUAUUCAAUGUCAAUGGCUUUUUAACUUGAAAGUUGUUGAAUUGGACGUUGUUGCAUUAAAUAUUUUGUUAUUGAAAUGAAUUUAUGUAUUAUGGGAUUCAAUUACUGAACGAGAUGAGAUUCUUUGAGUGAUAAUCGUUUUUUUUAGGUAAGCGAUCGCCAGUGUAACUUGCAAUUUGAUCAGCGCCAUGGGUGCUAAGGAUUCUAAACCUCAAGUCCUCAGCUACGAAGAAGCCGUCAAGCGUGUGAACACUGUUGAACUCAAAAGACUCAAAGAUACAUUCAGUAAGUAUGCAACGCCAAGUGGAUUACUCCAGCAAAGUAUUUUCUUUUCUGAAAUUCUUGGUGACACAGUCCCCAACAACCUGGCUGAGCUUAUUUAUACUGCAUGGUGUGGAACUACAAAGGGUAUUACUUUCAAAGAUCUCCUGAGUGGAUUAGUCCUUCUCACUAGAGGCCAUCAGGAUGAAAAGUGUAGAUUCAUAUUCAGUCUUUAUGCUAAAGAUAUGAACAGUGUAGUGACCAAGGAUGAUGUUAUUAACUACACAACAAAGUAUUCUGAUGGAUGGAAUCUGGAAAACAUAUCCAAUUUGUUUGAUGAGGCUGAAGCAGUUAACUAUUCCAAAUUUCGUGAAUGGCUUAUUACAUAUCCUUGUGCAACAUCUCUUACUGAGUGGUUGUUGAGUGAUCCUUGCCCUAUAACACUUUCCAACGAUCUCGAGACGCCAACAUUUUACCAAACGUUAUCUGGUGUCACCCACUUAGAUGAACAAGAGAUUAUUGAUCUCGAGAAAAAAUAUUGGCAGCUGAAAAACCUAUCGUCGAAUGGGAAGUUUGAUAUUGAACUAUUUCUCUCGUUUGCUUCUGCCCCCAUCAGUUCAGUUAUUGAAGAUGACAAUUCCAAGUUUUCCAUUGCCCGUGGAUUGUUCUCUGCAUUUGAUGAAAAUUGCGACGGGCACCUGGAUUUUAAGGAAAUCGUUUGUGGAAUUUCUGCCGCCUGUCGGGGACCUUUGGUUGAGAGGAUAAAAUUUUGCUUUAAAAUUUUUGACUUCGACCGUGAUGGAGUUUUCUGUCGUUCAGAAGUUACCCAGUUGAUUGAAAGCCUGAAACAGCUUGCUGUUGAUCAAUUUCCUGAAGAUGAGAGUGACUGUGAUUCUCUUGAGGUUUCCGACAUUAUUAAAAACGAAAUGGAAUCUGUUGAUCUUGAAACAUUUCUAAUGUGGGCGGUCAACCGAAGUAGUUUGAAACACCUACUCGACAUGCUGCAUCAACUAUGUCAUGUUGUACUUGGAUUACGCCCCGCUUCGCGCAUUGAAGAAGGGAAAUUAAUUCAAAAUUGGCUAAGACGCGAAGUUAAACGUGGCUACCGAGUGGGCGAAUUUUGGUAUCUUGUAUCAAGCAUUUGGUGGAAACAGUGGUCAGACUAUGUGACAAACCAGGACGAAACGAUCAAAAGUGUACCAAGUAGCGCUUCUCUGAAAAAUAAUUCAUCUGAUUCUGGAAGCGAUCUGAACACUGUAGUCAGACCUAGGGCCAUUGAUAAUACAUGUUUGGUAGCAACGUCGACAAUCAAGGCCACUGUCUUAACUGGAGAAGGAGGUCGACUCCGACGAGAUUUAGAAAAAGGCAAGGACUAUGAAGUAGUUCCCGAAGCAAUCUGGAAAGCAUUGUCAUCGUGGUAUGGAGGUAGCCCAGCUUUACCGAGACAGGCCGUUCAACUUACGGAUGCUGAUCCAAUUGAAUUGGAAUUAUAUCCAUUGCUGCUUCGUCUCCUAAGGCACAGCACUACUGCCAACGACAACGGACCUGCUUGGAACGGUCAAUCUUGGAACAGCAUCGUAGGAGGCUACGGUGCCGCCGCCCUUGCAGGCGGAUAUGGCUACUUUCCCUCUGCUACGCAGCAGACUCCACGGCGCUAUCUGGCUUACGUCGCAGCAUUUAGUCAAUUAGCCACAGUCAGUCAGACAUACGAAUACCUUUGCGGCCGAUUACGACUAAAAUUUGAUGAUGUUCGAUUGUGGUUCAUGAAAGACGAUCACUGUCUGGUCUUGCUGGAAGAUGAAAAUGCAACACUUGCUUCUCUUUCUUGUCGUGACAAUGACCAACUUCUUAUUGAAGUGCGUAACAAAGAUUUGACAUGGCCAGAAGAAAUGGUCUCUCUCUCUGGCCAGAGUGGUGACAAAUAUCGCCAAGCCCUGCCUAGCGAGAAAGGCGCCACUGGGUUGAACAAUUUAGGCAAUACUUGUUUCAUGAACGCUUCCCUUCAGUGCGUAAGCAAUACGCAAGCCCUAACCCAAUACUUCACCUCAAGUAUGCAUCUUCUGGAACUCAAUAGAGAUAACCCCCUUGGAAUGAAAGGCAAUAUCGCAAAGGAUUACGGAGACUUGAUUCGUGAUAUUUGGAAAGGGAGAUCUCGCACUAUUGCCCCGCUUCGCUUACGGUGGACGAUUGGUAAAUACGCUCCGAGAUUCAAUGGUUAUCAGCAACACGAUGCUCAGGAGCUUUUGGCAUUCCUGCUCGACGGUCUUCACGAAGAUUUGAAUCGAGUUCAUGAUAAGCCCUACGUGGAAUUAAGCGACAGUGAAGGACGCCCGGAUAUUGUUGUAGCCCAAGAGGCGUGGGAGAACCAUCUUUUGCGAAACCGUUCGAUUGUUGUAGAGCUCUUCCAUGGACAACUGAAAUCGAAAGUAACAUGCGGAGUGUGUCAGCGUGAAAGCGUACGCUUUGACCCAUUCAAUUACUUGUCACUACCUCUACCUCUCGAAAGUUACGUUCAUGUCGAAGUUGUUGUGGUUCGUUUGGACGGAUCAGUUCCAGUAAAAUAUGGUCUUCGUUUGCCGAUGGAUGCCACUUAUCUGCUACUUAAAGAAAGACUCGCCGCUUUGUGCCAGGUCUCCUACGAUCAUCUUUUACUUGCAGAAGUAUCUGGGGCAAUGAUUAAGAGCUUUCCGGGGGUUAGCAACAAGGUUCGACCUACGUCUGGCUUUGCCUUAUUCGCGUAUCAAGUGCUGAACUCUUCUGAGGUCAUCCAUCUUCUUCCCACAAAUGGUGGCAAUAUCGGUCUUGUAGACGGCGAAGAAGGUGCCAAAGAUCAGUCCAGUCCGAACAACAACAAACUAGAUGAUCAUUCCAAUAACCAAGCAGCGAAAGUCUUUCAUAUCAAAGAGGGCGGCAACACAAACACCAGCUCGGAGGUAAGACGACCCGUCGGUAUCUGCAUGAACGUGAUGAGCACCGUAUUCUGUAGAAAGAAUGGUUCGUCAACCGUCGGACAGGAAUCCCUGCCACCACGGUCACCUGCCGAUCGUCCAACAACAAACGGUGGGACCAAUGAAGACCGAAACGGUGGUGAUCGCUCUAGUUUGGCCAGCACGAGCAGUGGCAGCGGUGGUUUGGGCAGCCCAGUUAGUCUCACGAGUAAUAACAGUAGCGCUCAAGAACUAAACGGCGCUCUGGGAAUGGGAGCCUCUUUCCUGGUCGUCUACCAUCGAAAAAUGAUACGACAAGAUCUCUAUUUCGUCUCUCCACACAAAACGCGGCCUAGUCUCUUCGGUCUACCACUAUUGGUCCCUUUAGCAUGGACUACGGAUGGGGUUUCAUCUCAUCCAGGAGACGAAAGCAGCAAAGUGUUAUUGCUACAGACCACGAGUCAAGACUUGUAUAGAUGUGUGUGGACACUGGUCUCUCGACUGGUCUCGCCUUCUCCACCAACUGAUAGUGGCACUCUUCCGAAUCACGCCCAUGACUGCGAUGACAGUCUAGGCUACGAGUUCCCUUUCACUCUAAAAGUUGUCCAGGCCAAUGGAAUCCAUUGUGGCCUGUGCCCGUGGACCAAAUUCUGUAAAGGAUGCCCGCUGCCACCGACACCUGACCCUCUACCGAACGGUAGUGAGACCAAUUCGCCAGCAGUCGAAGGCGUCCUUAAUUACUGUAUCGCCGUUGACUGGGAGCCGACGGCCCUUCAUCUUCGCUAUCAAACAUCGCUCGAAAAGGUUUUUGAAGAAGAUCCCAGCGUAGCUAAAGCGGUUCAUCAACAAACUGAACCAGUCAGUUUAGAACAGUGUUUGCAAGCUUUCACGCGAGAGGAACAGCUUUCAGGUGACGAGAAAUAUUACUGUCCAAAAUGUGCCACUCAUCAGCCAGCUACUAAAAAACUACAAAUAUGGAGACUUCCUCCGAUUCUGAUUGUUCAUCUGAAACGUUUCCAGUUUGUAAAUCAUCGCUGGAUUAAGUCUCACAAGGCCGUUCAAUUUCCACAUAACAACUUGGAUUUCACUGAGUUUUUAGCAGCUAUUCCUAGCGAAACGCUAGUCCGUCACCGCCAAAUAGUUACUUCUUCCACACCUCCCAAUGGGAUCGUCGACUCUGCUAACGACGAAUCUAAUGGUGAUGAUAUGAAUCCUAAGCUUUCCACUUCGUCCACUCCAUAUUCCAACGGGCAUCCACCAAAUCUUUCGGAAGUGAUCAACGGCAAUGAAUCGACUCGCAAACGACUCGAGUCCACCUCGCUAAUGACUCAUCCAGUUCACGACGAGGAUCUUAUAGACUUUCAUCAACAUCGACUUCUACCAGGAUACAAUAAGCUGGACAUAACCUACAGCCUUUACGCCGCUGUGUGUCAUUCUGGAAUCAUGGGAGGAGGUCACUAUAUUUCUUAUGCCAAAAAUCCUAACGGUAAAUGGUUCUACUACAACGACUCAACAUGCAAGGAAUCAUCGGCCAAUCAAAUCGAAGGACAGACAGCCUACAUGUUGUUUUUUGAAAGAGAUGGAAUUGACAUGAAGGCGUAUCUUCCCAAAUUACGGGAGCCGAGUACCAGUUCAGCCGAGAGCGCAAAUAGUGACUCUAAUGCAGGGAAAGGGACACCGGCAGUGAUUGGAUUGGAAGAAGAAGAUGGCAAAAAGUGCUGCAUCAUGUGAUGCAUUAUUGACCUAUUUAGCGCUAAUAUUCCAGUCUUAAGUAUCGAGUUUCACCUCAGAGCGAAAUAGGCAUGAUCGCGCUCUAGUCACUCGUAAAGGUCAAACAUUUCAACCAGUAAGUGGUUUGUAUGAUUGAUUCUCGAGGUGCCAUGCACCAUCAUAACUAUCUCUGUCGAAAAAUGUGUCGGUAGGAUAGUGCAAGUCCAUAUGUAGUUGACUGUAAUGUUAUCUUUUCCCCCCUCUGUUAUGAAUGUUAUUAUUGAUUUGAUUUUGGCCGAUAGUCGUUGCUUAUUGUUUUCUUGUGCCUUUGUUCCCAGUUUACCAAAACUCGUGUUAACAUAUAUAUCGCGGUGCACUCGUGAAAAUUCGCAAACAGGUACGAACGUGGACAUUUAACUGUGGGCAUUAUUUCUUUUAUAUUCAAACAAUUUUGCUACAGUGACACGCAAGCAACUGACUUCAUUCCAGUUUGUAAUGCUCCAUUAAGUCCAUUUCAAAUGUUUUGCUUUGUGGGACGUAGGUAUUUUCGGAUACGUCUGCGGCCCGUGUGUCUUUUUCUUGCUCUGUAAAAUCAAUGUAUGUAUAGCGUUUCAUUCUUUAAAAAUAUUCCGUGAUUUUACGCGUCUUGUGCAAUUUAAAAUAUAAAUGAUGCGUAAAUAUAUAUGUACACCUUCUGAUAAUUUUGCUGAUCAAUGUUGUGAUUGCAUUCUGUAUGUUGAAAGAUGAUAAAGACCGUUUACCUGGGUA